ACUCGCUCAUUAUCCCCAUCGACAAACAGUCUUUAAUAUUUUCUAGUCUAUGGAUAUUUUAUGACAUUUCUCAUCUGUGGCCAUUGUUUUAAGUUGAGUUCGCAAGUCAUUGGUUUGGUUUUCCCGAGAAACUUUCCUUUAAAUAAUAAAAGAUGAGUUUCGGCUUGCCCUCCAUUAAGGUUAAGUCUGCCCCAGGGGGAGAAUUUAGUUUAGCGGAAGGGCCGUUUGGGGUGCCGGAAUUAAUGAAAAACGGCUUGACAACCGCCAGAGCAGCUUGCGACGAUAUUCACCCAAUAGCGUAUUCGGAAAAGCACUAUGAACAAAAUCGGGAUAACUUCAACAUGGCGAUUUUGAGAAACACUCAGGGACUUCAUGCGCCCCUACGGAUUGCGAUGGAACUAAAGUCGGCACAAAAAAUUGGCCGAUUACCGUUUUUAAGAUCCUCCAAUGCUAUGCUUGACUCGUUGACUGGAAGGGACUUGGAAAUCAUGCCAGAAGACAUUUUCAACUCUCCGGAAUUGUUUGAAAUGUCGGCUCAACCGCAUGCUGUCGUCGAAAAAUCUUUAGGCAUUUUGUAGAAUAUU